AUGAGAUAUGACUGUUACACCUUCACCUGGAUCUUCAGUAAUAACAACAGAAAAACAUCAACACUGUUUGAAAACGGACAGAUUCAUGAAGCUGCAGCAGCAAAAUCAGACAGACUGAGAGUUACAUCAGACUGUUCUCUGGUUAUAGAGAAAGUCUCAGUGGAGGAUGUUGGUUGGUACACCUGCAGACAGUUUAUAAACGGACAACAAACAUCAGAAUAUUCCUAUAUUCUGUCUGUUAUUCAAAUGGUUCAACAAAACCAGAAAGAUAAAAUCAUCCUAACCUGCUCUGUGAUGGAUUAUAAUGACUGCAGACACACAGUGAAGUGGCUGAAUGAAGGUAGAGAGGAAAUGUUGUCAGACAUGGAGGAAUCGUAUCAGUCCUGCUCUGAUACUGUAACGAUUCCAACAUCUGACAGAAACUGGAAGGAAAACUCUGAAAUAUUAGAGUGUAGAGUUACAAAUAGUUACAGUAAAAAUGUGCAGCUGUUUAACUUCAGGAUUCAGUUCUCUGGUGGAAAAACAGAUAAAAUUUCAACAGUAAAGACACCGACCACGACACGACCACCUAGAACUACAACAACAAGAAUGUCAACAACAACAACAACAACACGACCACCUAGAACUACAACAACAAGAAUGUCAACAACAACAAAGAUGACUACAGCAGAAUUACCUGCAACUUUAUCAAUAAUAACAACAGAAUCAAACAAAUUGACGUCUAUGGCAAUAAAUUCAACUACAAAUGUUAACAAUUUCUCCAAAACUUCAGGUUGGUUUGUGUUUUAUAUAAUCGGUCCAGCAGUGAUCAUAGUGACUGUUCUGGUGAUCAUUGGAUGGAAGAAAACCAGAGGAAAUAAAACAAAAAAGGAGGGAGAAAGAAAAACUGAUCCUGAGGACAACAUCCACUAUUCCAAAGUCAUUCCAACCAAAAAGACCAAGAAAAAGCCAAGAGUCCCGGACACUGUGACCUACAGCACUCUGAAUAUUUCUUCUUCUGCUGCUGCUCAGCCCACCAUCGAUCUUGACCGUCUGUACUCUACACUCAGUAAAUAAGUGAGAUUAGAUGUUGCUUAAUAAACCAUUAUUUCCAACAACUAAUGGAUAAAUCUGGAUAAAACUGAAAGUGACAGAAUGUUUUCGAGAACAUGAAUGAGCGCUGAGGCCCUCUAGUGGAGAGAAGCUGGAAAUGUAACUCUGUAGAAUUCACAUUUUUGUAAAAAAAAAAAAAAAAAAAACAGCAACUUUGACGGCUUGUGCAUAAUAUCUGCUAAAGAUUUAUUAGACAUAAUCUCCAAGGUCUAUAUUCUUCUGUGUUUUAAAGUACGUAAUGUUUGACUAUUAUGGUAUAAAUAUCUGUGAACUUUUGUGGUUUCACACUUUGAGACAAAAACAGAUGCUGAAUUUUUCCAUAACGUCAGACAUGUUGAAGUUUAUACCUUAAAAAAAAUCUAGCAGACUAAAACCUUGUGCUGCAAAUGUUGCAACACUUAGAUCAGCUCAAAAAUAGACAGAAACUAACACCUACCAACAACAGAUACACCCACAUCCUGUAAGUCAUCUCUAGUGUCAAAUUUAUUCUUAUACACAUGAGAAAAACAAAACGUUCCAGUUGUGCAUCACACAGGAAGAUCUCUUUCUGCUACAAAAGCCCACCACCUUUUCUUUCUCCCAUUUCCACCAUUCUUUUCUACAUUUUUAAAUGUUUUGUUCCAGAUUUUGUGUCCUACAUUUUGUUACAAAGAUAGCCUGGACAUAUAGUAUGUAGCUUUUUGCUAAAUGGAGAAAGAACAGAUAAUGGUAGGAUUAUUUUAAAAAUGCUCUUAAACCCAGAUUGAGUCACAGUAAAUGAUCUUUAAUACUGAUCCUGGUUGUGAUGGAGAUUCCUUCCUGUUAACACAGAGUUAUUCCUUCCCUCUGUUGCCUCAUGCUUGAUCAGGAGGAGGGAUUGCUGCAAAAUGAAUGCUGACCUGCUUAUAUUAUUUAACCAAUCAGCUUUAUUGAGCUUAUGUUAUUGCUUUGUAUUAUAUCCAGGACUGAACUGGAACAUAUGUAACUGGA